CUGUUAUACAGCCACACAAAUAUUGAUAAAGAUAAAACAUGUCGCAAACAAACGAUCAGGCAGCCUUAGGUUAACAUCUGUUCUUUUAAAAAAUUGCAGCCAACUUCGCCUUAAUACAACCGCCAUUAUAAUUUAAAAAACCAAAAAGCCGCGCUAUAUUUUGAUAAUUUGCAUUUCAUCGACGAUAAAUAUAAAUAAGCAGAGCUAAUUUGUUAAACAAAUUUAUAAUGGGCUCUAAACAAACGAAAAUUGAGGGCACUUAUUUGCCAGAGACACCUAUAGUUCCAACUAGUACAUCGUGUGUACCGAUUGUCAUGGAAAAUACGUUUGAAUUUGAGGAAAUUAGUGAUGAACAAGACCCUCGUUCGCCAAAUAUGUGCAGAACUCCUAUUAAUAUCUUUUCGACGAAAAAUCAAACCAACGCCUGUAUACAACGAAUGGAAGUAAAUCGCGAUUCCGAAAGUGCAGUAGCCCAACUACGUAAAAGAAUUUUCAAAGGAUUUUCCAACAACCUAACCGAUCCACGUUCACCCGGUUAUCAAUUCAAUCGCACACCGAUCUCUUUUGACGACUCGCAAGAUAAAAUAUUGAAUCUAGAUGAUACAUUUGCUGAUUUAUUUGCCGCCACUCAAGCACUACCUAUCACAUCAGAGCAUCUAAAAUCAAAAUAUGACGUAGAAUUGCCUUCCAGCAAAAAAGCAGAAUAUAUAAAUUCAGUUGUUUCCGUAGAAGAAUUCAAUGAUGCAAUUGAUAAAAUGAGUAAUAGCAUAGAUUUUGCACCUAAAAAUAAUACUUAUGAAGAUGAUGAAACAAAAAUAGAAACUAUUGAAGAAGUUGCUGAGUGUUCUGUUUCCUGUAAAGAAAAGUCAUCAACUAAAAUAGAAGAUGUUUUAAUACCUAAGCCAGUUUUACUACAACGCUCACCAAAAAUCAUACAAGAUGAGAUUGAUCCACGUUCGCCCACAUUUGGUGUUGACCGAACACCUAUAAUGUUUAACGAUGAUGACGAUGAAACUACCGAAAGCGUUCUGUUGGAAAGCAUAUUAGCAACACUUUCGCUUGAUAUGAGUGAUAACAGUAUUUGCUCAACCAGUACAAAUAAUCAAAAGACUGCGGUGGAAGCAAACAAAGCCGAUCGGCAAGGUCAACUCUUUAGAAAAAUUACUCAUAAACGUAUGCGUCGCACACGUGCUAAUGAGAAAAUACCAUUAACCACACGCCGUAUUACAAAAGAAUUGCAAAUGUCGCCACAGCGUUUAGUUUCUGAAAAUUCGGAAAAUGGUCCUAAGAAUAUGAAAUCGCUUAAAUUAAAACAAAAGGAGUCACGUGAAAAUGGCAUAAAGAGAACUCCGCUUAGCUGUAUCAAAAACAGUAAUGAAUUUCAUUCAAGACUAACGGAAAAAAAUAAAAUGGUUAGAUCUCGUUUGGAAUAUACCAAUGAUGAGAGUAUAUCUAACAAAAUUCACAUCGAAUCAUUGGCCAAUUAGCUAUGCACUCAGUGGUUUGAGUAGUUCAUUUAAUUACUUCUGCAAAGUAAACUAUAAUUAACAAUUUUUACAUAUCUACAUAUUUAUGUUGCACUUACCUAGCUUAUUGUCAAAUAUAAAUGUUAAGGCUGAGAUUUCGCUUAUAAUGGCAUAUUUUAUAAGAUUUUUGUGUGUUUCAAUUAUGAAAGGUUCUUGUAACUGAAUCAUACCUUUCUUUCUACACAUUUACCUAAUAAAAAAGUUAAAUUUAA